CAGAUUAGGAGUAUGUGCAGCGCAAAGGGAUAUCAGUGAGUAGUAGCUUGCAGCCUUAAUCUGUAACUGCAGGCUGGAAACAGGUCGGGUUGCAAGGUACAUUUCUUGCGAAAAAGUAGGGCAAAGAGUUGGAAGGACGGAGCUGUUGGCCGGGAGAGGAGAGGAGCCGGCAGGCUGGAGGCAUCCCUGGACAGACUCAUGUGCAGCGCUGCUGGAUGUUUAGGCUCCGCACAGUGACAGUUCCCACCCCUCCUGGAUCCCGACAUGCCCGGCGCUGUGGGUUGGUCAGAGCGCAGCAAUGCUGAUUACCAGUCGCAGAAACAAUGCAAGAAAACAUCGUUUGCCUUUUACCAGGCAGUGAGGGACCUGUUACCCGUGUGGGUGCUGGAGGACAUGCGGAUAAUGGAGGUGCUGCACUGGGAAGAGGGGGGCAAGGUGAGUAGCUACUCGCCCUCCGAAGCUCUGCUGUACGCCUUGGUGCACGAUCACCAGCCCUAUGCCCAAUACCUGCUCGCCCACUACCCGCAGGAGGCGCUGGCCAUGCCCAGUACAAGCUUCAGCUGCUGCCAGUCAUCUGCCCCUCACCUCGCCAUGGCUAUCAGGUACGGGCGGGUUGCAAUCCUUCGCAAUAUCCUGCGCACCCUGGGGGCGGUGUCGCACAGCAGCCUGGCCGGCUACAUUAAUCGCAGAGGGUGCCAUCGCGUAGAAGGCGGAAAGACACCGUUGCACUUGGCGUGCGAACUGCACCAAACGGACUGCUUGAUCCUCCUACUGGGACACGGUGCUUGCCCGCAUAUCACUGACGCAAGCGGGAACACUCCCUUGGACACCCUGCUUCACGUUAUCUGGGGAAACCAGCGAGACCUGCGACUCAAGCGACUUUGUCUGGACUCAUUGCUGCUCUAUCUGCCCGAAGGACUGACCUUUCAACUGAGGGAGCAGCUGCGCGCCGAGCCGACAGCCUGGAAGGAGCUGGUGGGACAGGACUUGUAUGGCAGACUGGCUGGCACCUCCCCGCCCCCCCUCUUCGCCCUCUCUAUGCACAACUUACUCAGGGCCCUCCCCGCACACAGAUUCCCAGAGGCGCUGGAAGAGCUCUCCCUGCCAGACUUCCUAAAGCCUCAGGCCUUGAGAAAACAGCCCUGCAAAUGAGCCAGCAGCACCGGGAAUGAGCAAUGUGUGAUCAUUAAACACAGUGGGACUUAUGUAGAGCAGUAGUACAUAACGCUUAUGGAUAUGCAAGCCAUUGGGGCCUUCUAGUGUUGCAAGGGGUUGGCCUGCUCUCUAUACAUGGGGGGAUCUGCAAGUGCACAGCUAUGUGGUAUUUUGUGGCUCGGUUCCUAUUUAAGUGCUGCGCUAAGUGUUACUCAGGGAUGUCAAGUCUGCGGCCCUUCAGCUGUUGUGUAAAUACAGAACCAAUAGCAGAAAUCUGUCAGGGGUGACUGAGACAUGUAGUUCAACAACAGCUGGACAGCAGAAGGUUAGGCUUUUAGUGUAGCUAAAAUAUCUAAGCACUUCAGGGUAAAUAUUAGAUAAGCAUUGAAACAUAGUUGCACUGUACCAAUGGAAAUAAGUCCCUGGCUAUGCAAAUAGUGGCACAGUUAUGUGGAGUAUUAUUACUAUUAUUACAAUGUAGUUGUACCAACAUAUUCCUCCGUGCAGUAUAAUGCAUUGGUGGAAACACAAGCAAUGCAACAAACAAGCAAAUGAGAGGGUCCUACCAGUGAGAGUUUACAAUCCAGAGGUGCCAUUAUGGGUGGUGUUAAUACAAAUCUGGGUUAUGUGCUUGCACAAUGGCAACGUGUAGGGGGCUGGUGGGGAUCCUGAGUAACCAGCAAUCUUCCCAACAUUCCCUCUAAUAUAUUUUGGGCUGUGUAUGCAAACUGUCUUUUAUGCACACUUCUACAAACCAGUGUACCCUAGAGUAUGAGCGAGUGUGCCCGACCGUGUACUAAAUGCUGUGCUAGCACACAAAAUUCUCUAGGCACACAUUGUAUAUGCCAGCUUCAACAUCCAUGUGUGCCUGGCCUAGAGGAGCCUUUCAUCCUCCCAACACCUAGUUACACUGUUGCCCAUAUUUUCCUGUGUGGCCGGUUCAGCAGCAGCGCUAUGUGUUUCCCAGUUCAGUAUUACUGCGUUACAGGUUUGGGAAGCAAGGUUAUAAUGAGUGCAUGCUCACUGGCUUUAUGCCACUCAUACAGUCACUCAUAUAUCCAACAACAUACUUUGGUGCUCAGCUCUCAGCCAAUACAAAAAGGCAGAGGUACAAAGAGGGAAAUAAUAUUGAUCAAAGUGUAUUUUAUAUCAGAAAAUAACAGUAAUGUAAUUACAGGUGCAAUUUUUUUUCAGACCAAGUAACCCAUAGCAACCAGUCAAAAGGUAGUAUUUGCCAGUCUGCUGUAUGACUCUAAACAGCUUAUUGCUUGCUAUGGAUUAAUAGAGUUGGAGAACAUAUUGCACCAGUUACUGCAUUAUACCAAAAGGCAGCACUGAUGGGCUUUCUGGUUCUGUGAGUUUAAAUCGAUAAAACAGUCUGUGCUUGGCCCAGUGUUAAAGGGGUAGGUGCGGUUUUGGUUUAAUGUAGACAGUAAUAUUCUGAGGCACCUUUCAAUGUGUCUUCAUUUUGAAUUUUCCAAACAAUAGCUUUUUGCUCAGUAGCCUGCCAGCUUGGAAUAUUAACAGCUAUCAGGUUGCUAGGGUUUAUUUACCUUAGCAACCAAGGAGAGGUGGAAGAAUAAAAGGAUGAAAAGAAUAGGGCUUGUAUAGAAAGCUUGAAAGUGGUAGAAGAAGAAGGAAAAUAAUUUAAGAACUAUAUAAAAUGAACACCAACGGCAAAGUUGCUAAGAAUAUGCUGUAAUUCUAUAAUAUACUAAAACGUAACUAAAAGGUAAACAACCAGUUUAAAGAGAAAGCCUCAGUAAAAAUAAGACUACCUGCAUGCAUUCAUUUGAGGCACCUUCCCAGCAAACAGGCCAAUUAACAUGUUCUUUAUUCAUAGUGUUAAAAAAGAAGUCUGAGAACAAGUUUCUUUAUUUCUAAAAGAAUUGCAGAUCAGUAGACUUAAACCUCCAUUACACUUAUUAUAAAGCAGAUUGUAGUUGUGUCCACCAAACCAGUUCUAUUGGGGAUAUUUAUUUAAGGGUGACGUAGAGCUGUCUACAAUUCAGCAGAGAAAUUUCACAGCUCUCAGUUUACUGUUGUCAGGUUUUAAGGGACAUAGAUAUUAAAGAGCAAUCUCUCGCUUGCACACAGUGAUAAAUGUGCCCUUUUGUCUUCUCCAGGAAUCUAUUAUUCUCAGUAAUGAUUUCUAAUGCAUGAUUCUCAGCCUGUAACGUUUGCUAUAGCAAUGUUAUCUACAAAGAUACUGAGGAAGAAACAAGCUCAAAAUAAGAAUUGCCGUGUAAAAUACUUCAUUCAUUAUGAAUGCUCACAUAUAAGCCAACAUACUAUGCCUCGGGAUCUGCACUGUUCAGAAGAAGGCAGUGGAUGUACGACACACACACACACAUAUAUAUAUAUAUAUAUAUAUAUAUAUAUAUACUGCAGGGCACUUUAUACUGAUGUACAUAUACAAUCAUGUCUCUGCUACACUGAGAUCUCUGCUUACCUCACUUUACUGGUACUGUAUUUGUCAAAAAUGAUGUGUAUUUAGUUUCUGUUUCCAUUGUAGCACUGAUAAAUGUAAGUUAUGCAAAUACAAGACAUUUGCAAUACA